AUGCUCUCUUUCGACAAAUUCCUCUUUUCACCUCUGCCUGAUCUAUUGAAAAUCGAGAUUCUUCGAAAGCUUGAUACUCGCGAUUCACACAAAAUUCUUCAAGUUCAAAAAGGACUCCGUAAUUGGAUGCUAAAAAAUGGACCUUUCUGUGGAAAUAUCUUCAGUAUCAUUUUUUCAACAACUUUAUGCUUUGAGCUAUUCAUUGAACCGAACUCUGAACAACAAAUCGUUCAUCGUUUUCAACUUGAUGUCUCAAAAUCGGAAGAAACACAUUCAAAUGACUCUUUUGACUUCAUUGCUAUCAAAGCUCUAUUCAAGGAUUUAAAAAGUUGCAAAGAUUUCUCAAUUUUUGCGCGGAUUGAAUUUGAUGAUGGGGAUUCUCAUUCAAGCAUUGUAGAUGAUGAAAUAGCAAAUGGAAAGAUUGCUGAAACAUUCCCGAAUCUCAAAUAUGUUUCAAAUCUUGAGAUUCGAUGCGAUAAUUAUCGAUUUUUCAAGAAAAUUUGGCGAAAUUUCAAGUUCAAUGUCUUGGAUUUGGCAAUGCUGAAGUUUGGAUCGACUCCGUUUCAAAUCGACGAAGAAACAGCUGAUUUUGUGAGUGCUUUCUUCGAGAAACACCUAAAAAACUGUGAUUCGAUAACGAUUUUCGAUCGUUAUAAUGAAUUCUACUUUGAAACUUUACAAAAAACGAAUGCCGGCUUCAUUUUGUUUCCACAAGAGUUUGCCGAGGGUUUAAGUAGAUUUGAUCAAGUCGAGACACAGCUUCGUCUUGUCGCCUCUCGUGGAGUUCCGAGUCAAAAAGCAGCCGCCGAAUUUUGCUUUCAUUGGAAAUAUUCACAAGAUGGAGAUUCAAAAGUACUACAAGAAAUGUUAGAAAAUAUUUAUGGAAUGAAAAUAUUUCCUGAAAGAGAAGAGACUUUACAAAAUGAGGCCUUACCAACGAGGAUUUUCAAUUACAGUCGGGAAAUUGAUGGGAGAAUCCUUUGUGAUAUCAGAUUGUUAGUGAAAAAUCAACCCGACAGUCUUUUUCUCAUUGCGACAAAUAAGAGAGUG